AGCUGCGGUGCGAACACCUGAUCAUCAGACAAGGCAGAAGAUAAACAAGUAUUAGGACUGAUUAUUUUUGCACAAACCCAAGUGGAUAUUCGCCGGCUGAGGCUCGCUAACUCCCCCGCCGGCCCUAUGCUCCACACGGCAUGGCAGAGAGAGCGGACAAUGAGGUGGAGGAGGCAGACCAGAUCUACCUGCUCAUGAAGGAGGACUAUCGGAUCUCUAGGAAUGUGCGUCUGGCGUGGUUCCUUGGUAAACUCAACCAAGUCAUCUGGCCUGCCUCACAGCCUGAAGUGCUGAACUCAGAAAAUGAGCUGGACUUGCUGAGCAUCUUACCUAAAGGAUGGCAGCCAGAUUUCUCUCCCAACACGUACCCCUGCAUAUUGAUGCCGUCCACUCGGGCCACCUUCCUGGCCCGGAGGUACCGCUUUAUCAUCGAGCUGGACCUCAGCCCCUCCACAGGGAUUGUGGAUGACAGCACAGGAGAGAUGAUCUUUGACGAGGUGUUUCACGCCUUGUCGAGGUGUCUGACUGGUCUGGCUCAACCUUUUAAAGUCCCUGGAACUGAUCAACUUUUCAAGCCCAAGAUCUUCAUCACCAUCUUGGCGUAUUCAUCAAUUAUCGGCCUCACUUCACAUCAGGUUUUGGUUCAAGGAUGUCAGCUUGACAGAACAGACCUUGACGAGUUCCUACAUCACAUCUAUCAGCAGCUCAGAGCGCUGGAGAGCAAUAUUGCAGAAGUCCUACAUCAGCAGCAUGAACAGUCUGUGGAGCCAGUACAAAGCUCAACUCACCAUAGCAACAACCUGGGCGACCAGCCCUACAGAAAGCAGGGCAUUUCCAUGGUGUCAGCUGAUAUGGGUCUGGUCAGUAUGGUUCGCCAGGGCAUCCUUGCACUUCAGCUGCUGCCACCAAACUCCAGUGCAGGUAUCAUCAUAAUUACAGACGGAGUGACGAGUGUUCCUGACGUAGCUGUGUGUGAAACCCUGCUGAACCAGCUCAGGAGUGGAACCAUUACCUGCUCCUUUGUGCAGGUUGGUGGUGCGUACUCCUAUGACUGCAGCUUCGGCUACAUCCCCAACGUAGAGCUGAUGAAGUUCAUCUCUUUAGCCACCUUUGGCUCGUACCUGCCCAGCUGUCCUGAAGUGGACUUGAACAGCCAAGAGAUGAAUGCCUACCACAAGGCCUUCUUAACAUACUCCUUUCUCAAGACCCCUGAGUCUAUGAACUCCGAGUACUUCUGUGUUUCCCAGCACAAGCUGUUCAAUGAGCACCUGGUGUCAGCCAGUGGUAACCCUGCCUUGGUCAUGAGGAGGAAGAAGCACACAGAGAAGGAAGUUCACGCUCAUUUGGUCAGCGUGGUGUCAGUUCGACUGAGAGAGGGCUACACCAUCAGAGAGAUCAGCCUCACCAAAGGUGGGACUCAGCUGGAGGUGAAGCUGGUGCUGUUAUGGAAGCACAACAUGCAUAUCGAGUAUCUAGCAGCCACCUCCUGGCCGCUGGACCCCUCCAAGAGAACCACCAGGGUGGAGGUGACAAUGGAGGGAAGCUACGACAUCCUGCAUGACAUCAGCUGCACCCAGAGGAAGCCCAUCACCAGUCCGUACCGCACCUCUGUCAUCCGCCGCUUCUGGAACACACUGCAGAGCAUCAACCAGACGGAUCAAAUGUUGGUGCACCUUCAGUCUUUUAAUUCAGUCCCUGAAAACUACACAAUUCCCGAGAGCACCAAAAAUGGAGUUCCUCUUUUCUACAUCCCUCCUGGCUCUACUACUCCGGUCCUGUCUUUGCAGCACAGCGGAUCCAAAGACUCCUCUCAGUCCCAGUUUGCCUCAUACUGGAAACCCAUCCUCUCCAUGGAUGCCAACUUCUGGCAGAGAUGGCUGCAUAUGCAUCGCAUAGCAAUCAUCCUUGAACAUGACAUACCUGUCCCCAAACACCUGCACACUGCUGGAAACAAUGGACGUUACAGCACCAUUCAGUGUCGCAUCUCCCACUCUGCCCUCACGUCUCUGCUGAGGGACUGCAGCAGCUUUGUGCUGGUCGAGGGUUACUCAUACGUUAAGCUCAUAUACAGUUCAUCUGACCAGCCUCCCACCUCCUUCUACCUGGUUCGUCUCAUCUCCAAGACACCCUGCAUGGUGCUGCGGCUUGGCUUCCCCAUUGGUACACCUGCCCAUGUUAGAAACAAGAUUGUGGAUGAGUUGCGAGAGCAAAUCCUCAAACUUCGCUUCCCUCAUCGUGUUCAGAACAAAGAGGUGACGCCAAAGACCAAGAGGAAGAUUGUUGGCCACCCAUCUCCAUCCAAAUCUCCCUCCAUCACUGCUCCCAAACCUGCACUGUCAGACAGACCCUGUGUGGUGGUGCUCAAUAAGCCUCUGGAGAAGCUGCUCAUACGGUACGAGAAGCUGCCGCUGGACUUCAGGACUCCCUUCAUUUUCAACAUGGAGAACUUCCCACUGCCCUCCAACAGUGCCAUGCCCCUCAGUAUGGCGGCCAACCGGACGGCCUCCUCCACCCUGGCGUCUCUGUCCCGGUACUUUCUGCACCAGCGGUGGGUUUGGGCUGUGCAGAGCAGCCAAGGACCGGCGGUGGCCAUCCAGGCUGUGGCUCACAUCCUGUCCAUGCUAUCUGAGAUUCGUAUUUCAGAAGGCUUUCACUUUGCUGCCAGCGGUGAAGGCAUCAUUAAUAUGGUGAUCGAGCUGCCGAUGAAGGGCAUGUCAGGUGACACGGACAGAGAGAGUCACUCAUGUAUUGUCCAGUAUAUCCUGUUUCCACCUCACUCUACCUCGACCAAGGACAGCUUCUCCACUGAUGACGACAAUGACACCGAGGUGGAGGCUGUGGACAUGGACACUGAGCUGAAUCUUGUGACUGAAUGCUGGGUUGAGCCACAGAGCGGCACCGUGAUGAACUGCAUGGACCAGCAUCGCCACUUCCAGGGCCUCAAGUACCAGGAGAUCCCUCAAGCAAUAUUCCCGAGGGAUCUGGCCUGUAUGUCCACCAUGAUGACCUUUGAGUAUUUGAGCCAGCUGUGUCAGAAUAAGGACCAGGUGUGUUCACUGCCAGCUGGACUCAAGGAUACGCAAGGAGACUUCUUGGCCUUUGACGACAGCAUCCACAUGGUUCCUUUCCAGUUUGACCUCAUUCAGCUGCUCCCAAAGUGCCAGCAGGUUGAACUCUUCUUCCUCACGUUCAGCACAGCGGUGGAGAAUGAGGAACAGAUUCACAGCUCCCCCUGUCUGCCCAACGAACUCCUGCUCAGCCUCUUCCACAGCAGCCUGGAGCACGAGCUCAGCGACAGAGAGAUCCCAUUAGCGGGCAGCGACCAUGCCACCUUCAUGCACCACAUCUUGGAGCGAGAACGAGAUGGCCACGUAGCUCCUUUCUCUUUACCUGUUAUCAAAGAGGAGUGUGUGAAGCCUCCGGACCGACAAGACACGAUGACAUCAUUUCACACCACUGGCAGCAGCAAAGAGGUGAUGGGCUCUACAAGCACUUUACAGAGUUUCAGUAAUGCAGACCUGGUGGAUGAAGAGCCUCUGCUGUUGGAGAGGAGCUGCUUGACACCACAGUGGAGGUGCUACGCCAAGUACAUCAGCUCCCAGCAGCUCCUGCUCACCUUCCUCCCUGCUACCUUCACAGAUGUUCUGAUGCUGAUGGCGUCAGGGCUGGAGACAGAGCCUCGGAGUAAUGUCAGCAUGCAGGAGGAUGAUACUCUGACUCCCAGCAACAAAUCUCAGGCUGACUCCCUGUCUGGCUCCACCAGUGGCCUGGAGAGGUCUGAGUCUGGUCUCAGUCUGGCCAGCAAAAUGCGAAGGAGCUCAAGCAGUGGACACUUUACUGCCAAGUCACCUCUGCUCUCACCUGCGUCGGAGGGCCAGAUGGACCAGGAGAGCUGGGACAGCAGAAUAUCUGAGACAGAGACUGUGACGCAAGGCUCCGAUCUGGGAGAAAAAGAGGGAGUGCAGUUCUCAGAACCACGGAAGACAGAUUUCCACAUCAGCUUCAGCAGGCAGGUCUCCCAGCAGAGCACGAGUGACGGCUGCCAGUUAAAGUGUCCUGUUUACGUCUACAACUGCUCAAUGGAGCAUCUGAAGGAGCAGCUGGUACAUCCCAACUCCAGCCGCCAGCCCAGGGACAUCUUCUUCAGAGCUCAAGAUGCAGAAUCCUGGGAGAUGUAUCAGCAGAUGAAGUUCAGGUCUCUGUCUCAGGACCGCAGCAGUCCGUCCCCUUGGACAGACCUCCUGGCUCAGCCUCACAAACACAAAGAACUGGCCAACUAUUGCAGCCUCCUGCAGGAACAUUACCAUCAGAGCUAUGUCAAAGGUGUUUACCGCAGCCUGCAGCAGUCCUACAGCAUCAGCUCCCAGGACGUCCUGAUGGCCAUGGACUACUGUGAGGAGUCACUGCAGGAGAUCGACGUCACCUCCUUCCUGCAGACGCUCUGCGGACACAUCAGGGUGUUCAGGGAGCACGGGAAGGCUCCGGGAUGGGGAGAGAAUCCAAAACCUUCCAGGAGUCCUGCCACCUUCAUCAUCGGAGAGGCUGAGGAGGAUCAGUCAGAUGACAGGGCUGCUGUCGCUUCCUCAUACAGUAGUAUAGAAAUGGAGGAUACCAGUGAAGCUGAAUCUAGAGGGAAGUCCUCUGCUCCUGCAUCUCCACUGAUCCUGGAUGAGUUCAAGACAGCCAAGAUCCCAGAGUUCCCUCUAAAUCUGCUGCAGACACAGCCCAAGUGUGAAGUGUAUCCAGAUCUGCACAAAAUAAUACAGGGUAAAUUCAUGGAGAUCCUCUGUCAGUAUUUCAAAACUGUUCCCUCCAAUCCACACUACUUCUUCUACUGUCCACCUUCGUCCAAGAAAGAGGAUGACUCGGAGGACGAAGAGAUGGAGAGGAGACCUAGUGAAGACCUAGUGUCAGAGGCCGAGCCUGCUACUGAAGAUGAAAAUGUGUCGGGCUGCUGCAUCAUGACGGAGAGCGACACAGACCUGGUGGUGGAGUACGAGGAGCCUCCGGGCACCAACUCUCAUGGGGAGGUCGAAGACCAGUCCCUGUCGGACUCCAACACUGUCAACCAAGACCAGGACUCCUUCAGCAUCCUGGAGGGAGACUCCCUGCUAGAGGCUGAGGGAUCACAGCUGGACAUGCCACCGCUGUUUGUUCACGUCACCUGCUCUGUCAACAUGAAAAGCUGCCAUGGUUCCAUGCCCAUACAAACACUGCCUACCUGCCUUGGUGAGAUUAUUUCCUGCCUGGAGAAUGCUGAGGCCUUCCAGUCUGUGGAUUUGAAUGAGCUCUCAGUUACUUUGGAUAUUUUUGUCCUGACACUACCUCUGGAGAUUGAAGUCAUGGCCGAUUUCCAUCACAACAGAUACACCUCAGAGAGCAGCGUGUCCUUGAAUCGUUCACCAGGACAGCCCUCCUCUUAUCGCUCUGACGAGGAGCUGAUAGCGGUGUUGGACAGUCUUAGGGGAGCUGGUGUCAACGGGGUCUCUGGUGAUCCCUUAUCCAAACUCCCCCUUCCUCACAAGUUAGCAAUUCUGGCCACAAUGGAUGAGAUCCGCUGGCUGCUGGAGGACGAGAUCGUUUCUGCUCUUCGUCACUCUCGGGUCAUUGGUUCAGCAACACUGCAGAAAGUAGCAGAACAUGUUUUACGCUCCAGCGGUCGACCACACUGUCACUGUGAAGAUGUCCCACUUCAGUUUGUCUUCGGGCCUGAACAGUCUCUGGAAAAAUUCAAAGAGGAGUUCCGCAGAAUGGCUUUCUCUGGCUACGUGCUGAAUGGAGAACAGGACGGUUUCUACUACAUGUCCUUGAGCAGGCUGCAUCCACAGAGGAUCCACGCCACCAAAAGACUGUCCGAGAGCACCGCUGACCCCCCACAAAACCCCUGCAGUGCUGGAGCUCAUGUGGAGGCUGCGAUGCUGGAGAGUGAAGUGGAAGCUCGGGCAGACAGCGAGAGUGAGGACAAGAAGUCCAUCAGUGUUGCUGCUGAUGCUCCCUGUGACACAAAUGCAGACACCAGUGAAACAAUCACAGCCCUGAAGCCUGAAGCAGAUGACAGUGUCAGCAUGGUGGGGGACAAAGGACAGCUCGGAACCCCCCAGCUGCAAACUGAGUGCAGUACUGAGCCCAUCACACCCCCUAAAACGCCGUCCAGCGUCAGCCUGGCUGAGUCCAUGCAGUCGGCCUCUCACAGCUGCAGCAAACUCAGGCCAAGUCGAGUUCAGAGUGUUGUCUCCAGCCAGGGCAGCCUGGACUCAGACAUGCAGGGUUAUGAUGGUGGCAGUAGUGACUCUGAGUGUGAGAGCCCCACGCUGGAUGAGCAGGAGUGUCAGUCACCACUGAUGCCAGACUUCUGGCUCAUUGUUAAGAUCCACCAGGACAGAGUGAAGGUCUACUCACAUUCUAGGUGCUUCACUGAAGGAAAAGAGGUCAGUCCUGAGGAGCUGGAGAAGAAGGAGGAAGAGCAGGAGCUGCCUGAAUACUUACAACUGCAUCAAAUCGUGGUCAGGAAGAUUGGUGAAAUCUGCAGAAUAGUCAACCAGCGUAUGCUGCUGCAGGAUCUGCAUGACAGACAUGUAUGCAACACUCUGCUGGUGGCUGAGAGUGAAGAAGACAUCUGGAAGAACGAGUCUCUCUACAAGCAGAGACUCAACACCUCUGAUGAUUACAACACAGAGGAGAGCUAUCAGGCCAGAGACUAUCUGGCAGCCACCAUGCAGUUCAUCCCUGGGCAUUUUGCCUGUGAAGUGGUGUGGAGCACAAUCAUCCACAUUCACCCACGCCUCAAGAUGGGACCCAACAUGGGGGUGUCCAGGGCUAUCCAAGCCCUGCGCUCUGUGCUCAACUCCUUCUGUGUGGUCAACAGGAAGAACAUGUUUGUUUACCAGGAACGGACGAGUAAAUCAGUCUUCUACCUCAGACUUUGUGAAACGUCACUAACAGGGAAAUACUCUGAUGUGGACGGAAACCUCCACAUGAGUCGAUCCAUUGCGCUUGCCAGGAGUCAAGAGCCUUCGUUUUCAGAAGACCUCGUGGGCUCCAGGUUUUCUCUAGAGGGAUCCCGACCAGUUGGACAGGUAGACAAGCACAUCCUGCUGCUGGUGCAUGGAGUGGGAAAUGCAGGUCCAGAAAUUACAGACGAGCUGGUCAAGGUGCUGCGAAAGCGCCUGGAUGAGACCACCCUGGACAUCAUCACCGUCAUGCUGGUUAGGAACUGCAAGCUGACUCCAGCUGAUGUAGAGUUCAUCCAACCGACAGGAUCUCCAGCCACCGAGGUGAUGACCUUCAGCCUCCCCCAGUACUGCCUCCCCUGGCUGCCUGCUGUGGCUCACUACCUCAGGCAGAACCUCCUCAUCUUCCUGCAUGUGCCCAAGUACACUGACAGCAACACAGCACACCACUUCAAGCACUACUUUCAUUUGAGCAGUGACUUGGCUGACGGUGAUAUCUACCUCUACAAUAAGCCUGGAGGCCAGGGGACGGGAGGCAAAGGUACCAUGUCGGAGCUGGUUCAGCAACUCUUCCCACCUUCUCAGUUUAAAGGUAUUGCCUGCAUCACCCUCUCAUUUGUGGACGCCAAUGGUCGGCCCCUUCAGGUCCCAGCUCAGGACUGUGCCGCUUUGCAGAGAUCAGAAAACUGUGCCAUCCCCCUCCAUCCAGACCAUUUUGAUGAGCUGACCACUGUGGUUAAAGUGAAAUCCAUCAAUGUCAGCUCAGCAGAGCCUCAGCUGUAUGUGCGCUUUGACAUCUGGGAACAAGGCAAUGUCAGCCCCUUACAGCUGAGUGAUAAACUGCAGGGGGCACUGCGCCAUGCACUCUGUGAUGUUGUCAUGGAGCUCAGAGUCUUGCCAAAUCCUCUUUGUGUGGGGGUCCAAUGCCCGGCAACCAAAACUCAAAAAGAAGAGGCUAAAGGACUGCUGAUUCCUUUGCCUGAGGUGAAAGAAGUGAAGGACAGCCCCAGGCAACGCAGUGGUUCCCGGGUCUUUAAAUCCAGCCCUUCUCCAAUCACCUUAAUCCAAGGAGGCACCCCAGUGACAGGGACCAGCACACCCGAGUCCACAACACCCACUGGCAGGACCACCCGCCGGAGUUUCUGGGACAUACUGAGUAAGCCAGACUCAACAGAGCUUGGAAGCCCAAAGACAACUGAUGACAUAGUGCAAGAGAAAGGAGAGGAAGGCCGAGCGGCGCGUCGAAGACACAAGACAGAGAACGUGAAGCAGCAGUGGAGUCAGGAGAAGGCGAUGGCUGUAGAGCUGGAGCAGGCCCAGAGGAGGCAGGUGUCUCAAUUGGAGGAGGGCGAUGCAGGCACUUUGCACCCCGUUUACCAGGAUACCUGCCAGUCAUGGAUUACCUUCAUGGCUAAACAUAACUGCCCCUCCAUUCAGCAGUGCAUGGCUGAAAUAGCUUCACACUUCCUGCUGCCUUCCGUCUUGGCAGAGAUUGUGAAUUUGGUCAGUUCUCUGGCGAGUGAUACAUCAGUGAAGGCAUUUGAAAAGACAAGCUGUCGGGCAACUGGAGAUGUAUUUGUACCAUUUACACUGGUCCAGAAUCUCAGCCAUCCUCCAGACGCUACAAGGAACUUUGUUCUCAUUGGCCGCAACUUCCACCAGUGGCACUGCAGCACAGAGCAAGAAGACAGUUCAGAUGAGGAAAACACCCCAGUGCUAAAUAGGUUCACACCUCAUAAGGGCUUCCAGCGCUUCGAGGCUCUGGAGCAGAGUGAUUGGGUCAGUCCCAGCCAGGCCGGGGCAGGACUGGCUCCCCGCCAGAGGUUCCUCUUCAUCAACAUCCUGGACAAAAAGAUGACUGUGUACAGCUACAACUGGUCUGUGGACCUGGGCGCCUCUCUGAACCGCGAGCUGGUCCGCCUGGUUAAGUGGCAGAACGCGAGGGCUCAUGUUGUCCACUGCCUGUUCAACCAGAAGAUGGGCCUCUUCCAUCACUACUGCUUCUCUGAUGCACCCAUCCAUGAAAUGGACUUCAAGCAGGAUCCCAACCCUUUCCUCGGUCCCUCCAUGGAGCCUGACGCCUUGCUACGGAGUGCCACUCCUCCUUUGCCCAGUAAAGAGCAGGGCAGGCUGGGAGGCUCUGGUCGAAGUCUCGCACCGCUCCACUUCCCGUCUGAGCUGCUUCCCUUUGACGAGGCUCUGAGGGAUGUUUGCACCAUCCGACCCUUGAUGGAGGGAGAUGUGGUGGCCCGGCAUGGCGGCCAGCUCUUAGAGAUAAAAGCUGCUGAGCGGAGAGAACUGGAGAAACAGAUGAAGAUAGAGAACCUGUUUGUGACGUGGCAGCAGAGGUCGGCACAGUCAAACAUGCCCAUCUCAGGCACAGACUUGGAGACACUGAAGCAGUCCUCCAGGCUGGUCCACUACUGUGCCACCCCUCUCCUCUUUGACCCCAUCUUCCGCAAACAGAUCCAGGAGGAGCAGAUUAUUCAGCCUCUGGUGAAGAAACGGCAUCGUUCCAGCGACUCCACGGCGUCGGGUCGAGACCGAAGCUACAGCACUGACUCAGCUGACAUGCUGCCCAGCCGACUGAAGGAGGAGCCCUGGCUGCUUGAGAUUUCUAGUACCUUCCUCCAGCAGUACGUCCAGUACCUGCAGAGCAUGGGUUUCAUUUUGGUGCAGGUCCGGCCUCAGUCUCCUGCUCGCAGCAUCGCCCGGGCUCGUGCUGCCAUGCUGAGCUCCAUGUCAUCGGAAGGCAGGAUGUCUUUUUCUUAUGUGAAGCAGAAGAGCGAGGACAGCCCUAAGACAACAGCAUCUGGCACCACCGCAUAUCACCUCCAGAGGGCGCUGCCAGGAGGGAUCGUACUGAUGGAACUGGCUUUUCAGGGGUGUUACUUCUGUGUGAAGCAGUAUGCACUGGAGUGUUCUCGCAUUCCCAUGGGCCAGACAGUCAACUCCCAGGGCAGCCUCCUCACCAAACCUCGUUGCAAGCCGUUUCCAGAUGCCACCCCAGUAUCUGACUGUGCGCUCUCCAUGCUCUUCACUGAGGAGUGUGAUAAAGUGCGGGAUCUGAUGCACGUCCACUCCUUCAGCUACGACUUCCACCUGCGAGUGGUUCACCAGUACUUGGUUGGCUGCCAAAUGACGCUGCGCCAGGGCUACCAGCUCACCGACUUCCUAGACGACUUCAUCUCCCAUCAUCCGGACAUUCCCAAGUUUGGCCGCAACCACGUCUUUCAAGGUGACUUUGGGAGCUUUUCCAUCUCCACGGGAAUGAUAACGGCUCACCAGCUCUACAACUACAUCACUGACCACGCCAGCACGUACAGCAUGAAGCCGCUCCGCAUGUCCAAGGCUGCAGUCGCCACUGACAACAAGAAGGGGAUGCCUGAGAUGCAUGAAUACGCGCUGGUGGCUCUGUGGAACAGUUCGGGCUCCUACAAGGAUCUGGAGGGCCUGCACCACCACGAUGACUUUGACGUGUCGCUGGUGGUGUGUCAUAAUGCUGCGCCAUUUGAAGAGCAGUCAGAUGGAGAGAGGCAUUUGCUGAGGUUGCGGUUCUAUGUGAUCAUGACAAGUCAGAGAGAGCUGUUCCCCCGCCUCACCGCUGACAUGCGCCGCUUCAAGAAGCUUCCUCAGAUCCACCGUGAUCCGGCUGAGCUGGGUGGGCGGCUAUCCCAAGAUCGAGCAGAAGCCUCUGGGUCACAUGGCUCUGAGCAGGACCUCUGGGAGGAAACUUCCUCAGAAGCUGCAGCCUCCUUGGCCCCGAGCGACGGCAAUGAGUUUUAUCCUCUGGCUGGCGGUGGACCAGAGGCUCAGGGUUUGCUCUACGCCUCCCCUUUGUUCCCGCUGCUCAAUAACGAGGUGGCGUCGGCCCGCAGACAGAUCCAGACCAGCGUGGAGCAGGCCAUGGGUCACUGCCGCAGGGAUAACCUGUGGAGGAGGUUGUUUCAUGGAGAGCACGUGGCCCUGGACAAACUAAAGCUGGCCAAACUGUCAUUCAGUGAGCUGGAGGAGCUGCUAGAGGCAGUGCAGAGCCGAUCGGUGGCGGAGAUCGACCCGCAGCUGGACUGUUUCUUGACCAUGAGUCCAGCCUGGUACCAGAGUCUGAUCAAAGUCCUGCUGAACCGCUUCCCCCAGAGCUGCAGACACUUCGACGACAACGGCAUCCAGUAUCUGGCUGUUCUUAACCAGAAGUUCACUGACUGCUUUGUUCUGGUCUUUCUGGACACCCAAGCUGGAAAAACUAGUUUAAAGGUUGUGUUUCGGGAGCCGCUGCCAACACAGCCACAGGCCAGCGGCAGCCCUCCUCCUCAGCUGGUGUCCAUGUACCACCACCUGGAGUCUGUCAUCAACACCGCCUGCUACAACCUCUGGACAGGACUGUUGUAGAGCUGGACCUACCUCGACUCAUGUCAUAACACAGGGACACAGAGAGCAAGAAGUUCUAGAGAGGGUUCAUUUGGAGGAAACCCUCUUGCCAGGUGUUCUCCCAGCUACACAACUCUCCAGCACUCUGGUGCUGGAGGAGCAUCAUGCUGGUCAGCAACACUACUGUAUUUAUGCCACAGUCUGUGUCCACCCGAAAUGGACGUGACAGAAACCAACUUUGUGAGUUGCUUCCGGUUCUUUUUCUCUCCUAGAACUGGCGUAGAGUUCUUUGCUCAAAUCGCCCCAAACUAAAACUAAGUAUCUCAUAACUGCUGUGCAAAAAGUCUUCAUUUGCUAGUUUAUAAUCAGCCUUAAAUCUCUGAUAUAUGUGCUUCAGAUAUUAUACUUAAAGGAAAGUGAUCAGAGUUGCCACAUAAAACCGAGCAGACAUCGUUUUUAUAAAUGUCUCACACUCACAAAAUGCAUUUUUAUCACGUUAUAUAAGCAGCUUAUAACAGGUCCUGUUACAUUUCUGCCCAUAAUGUACAAAUCUACUGACCCACAUGGAGCUCACACUGAAAAUUAGUCUAGAAAUCCCAUUCACUUCUGUGUGCUCACAAUUCCAAUGAAGUUCAUUGAAAGACUACAGUCUUCAAAGGGAGAGAAAGGCAGAAUGCUUUAUGUUAUUCUGCUAUUCAAAAGCCAGAACAUGCAAAGUAAUGCUUAACCCUCUGAAGCCCAAACUCCACUGGCAGGUUUGAAAGGCAUGUUAUCUGAGAGGAAAAUAAAUUACAUUUCAUCAAUUAAAUAACUGCAGCAUGGAUCAUAAACAGUAUACAUAGAAGCCUUCUAGAUUUUAUGUGCAAAGUAGUGUAAAAAGCAGCUAGUUUGAGGUUAGUAGGUUAAUAAAAAGUACAUUGUUAAAUAUCCAUGCAGUGUAGAGUCACCAUAGUUCUUCCAGUAUUGUGGGUGCUUGGUAAAAUAUUAUCCAUGUUGAUUCCAGGUCUUUUCAGUUUCUUUAAAAUGAACAUUUAAAGAAAUUAGUCAUUCUUUUUUUUAUGAUUCAUAGCAUUAUAACUGUCCAUACUGAACAAAUGGCAUUUUAUAGUUUUCUCUAUUUCUAUCUAUGGCUCUGUUGUUUCCAGUCGCAGGACUUUAUAUUGUAGUGAAAUAUGAGCCCACACUGUGUAAAAAUGUGACAGAAGCAAAGAAAGUCAGAAGCCCAGAAACUGCUUGGGGUUCAGAGGGUUAAACGAGCUCACUACCAUUUGUCGGAGAUCUUUGAUCUUUGCUAGCCAAGUGGGAAAUCAAACUGCAGACAGCUCACCAAAACCUCUAACCUGACAGAAAUCCAAAUGAUCAUCCAGCAGCCAAAUUGCUGAAAGUUCAGUUAAUCAGGCAAUGUGAUAUCAACAACGUCAAGUAUCUGAUUUUAAAAUAACUCAUAGGCGAUCGAUAAGAGUUGAAUUGGGGCCAAGUCCGCACAGUGUCUGCUCUAUUUUAUCCAGCAAGUAUUUCAUGAGACAGGUUAUCAUUUUAAACACCACCACGUGACUACACUGAUAAAAAGACAGGAUGCAUCAGGAUGGGAUUCAGGUGAUAAUCACAGCACAUCUUUCUGUUGAGUUUUCACAAGUUGGGAAGUCAAGGGAGGGGCAGCAUAGCCGACUGCCUCCACUAACCAGGUCCUGGGGGAACCCUUAAGCCUCUUUAACAGGUGCAAUGUAAGUUGACACAUUCAGUCAUUUCCAGUGUUUGAUUGGCUCACUGAACGUGCAGCUUGUGUUAUCAAAGUCUUGCUCAGCUUAGAGACUUGCUGCCAUCUGGUUUGGCCUCAACCUAAGAAGUCCAGACAAGGCAUCCUCGAGGUUUGCAGGGAUCAGGUCUUCCUGAGGACCUGUAACACUGAGCCUUUGACUGACAGACGCAUCACUCUGAGCUGGAGGAAGGCGUCCCAUGAGCCUCCACGGUAGUGGAGGGGGAAGUGGAAGAAUCCCCCAGAGUUCUGUGCUCCGCUCUGAAACAUUUGUAUCAAUGAAGAAGACAUUGCUUUUUACUGUUUCUCUCUCCUUAUCUGCGACAGAAAAACACCCCACAUGAAUGUCAGCAGUUUGGACUUGCAAAAUCUGAUGCUUCAUGCUCAAAGUCAGUCGUGAGCCAGUGACGGUACACCUCUGAUGAUCUAACUGCACAAGUUUAAAACUCCGUCAACAGAGGGUCGGAGUCAUCUUGGAUCUUGUGCCUUUGAUAGCAUUUAGCUAGCUCUUCACACCACAUCAGUGUUUUUUAAGAGCAAGAGACAGCUGAGGUGUCGUGUCCUCGAUAUGAAGGCUUUUAUGUUUAAUUUUCAAACGUGUCAAACCACUUGAACCCCACUGCCAUGUGUGGUGCCCUGAAGUGCCUUCCUCUGUUUGUUUCCCCCCUUCCCCCUUUUUUUUCGUUCCCAAACUUGUGACGUGAUGCUGUUGUUGUUCCAUCGGCUCUGCACAAGACAUCUGUGGAAACACAUGCCUGUUGUUGUGCAGUGAAAGUGCCUGUUCAGAGAAAAGUGACAAAAAUUGCCUUUCAUAAGCAAGAAAAUGGGUCACAUUAACUUUGGUGAUUUGCAUAAUAGCAUGCCACAUGUCAUCAGCGCCGAGUGUUUCCAAAGCAUGUUGGGGGUGACGAGUUUGACUCGUGUUUUCUGAAACAGUGCGGCUGGUAAUCAUACCUCAGUUUGGAAUAGGGCACCAAGCAGCCCGACACGGCACUGUUAAACAUGAUAUCCACUGCAGUACCUUCAUUACUGACAUAUUCAGCAGCCUUAGAGGUCGACACAAUUUUACAUGUUUGGGCUUUUUUAUGGAGCUCAGCCUGAAUGUUAAACACUGGAUAUUCAUCAUGCAAAAUGUGAACUGUAACAAGUUAGCCCUGAGCGUUCUGUCACUGUAAGAUAAACACUGCACUAACUGUAAGAUGUAUAUUGUGUAUAUACACAGAACACUUUAUACAGUAUGUAAAAUGUUAAAUAAAGAGUAGGAUGAAUGACAA